AUGACCAGCACAGACAGUUCAUGGCUGUUUGCUGUCAAAUGUGGGGGCUGCUUUGAGGCCAUCGCUCCCAACGAGUUUGUGAUGCGGGCCCAGAAGAGUGUGUACCACCUGAGCUGCUUCUGCUGCUGUGUCUGUGAGCGGCAGCUCCAGAAGGGUGAUGAGUUUGUCUUGAAGGAGGGGCAGCUGCUCUGCAAAGGGGACUAUGAGAAAGAGCGGGAGCUGCUCAGCCUGGUGAGCCCAGCAGCGUCAGACUCAGGCAAAAGUGAUGAUGAAGAAAGUCUUUGCAAGUCAGCCCAUGGGGCAGGGAAAGGAACUGCUGAGGAUGGCAAAGACCAUAAACGCCCCAAACGUCCCAGAACCAUCUUGACAACCCAACAAAGGAGAGCAUUCAAGGCCUCGUUUGAAGUAUCCUCCAAGCCAUGCAGGAAGGUGAGGGAGACCCUGGCUGCAGAGACAGGGCUGAGUGUCCGUGUGGUCCAGGUGUGGUUCCAGAACCAGAGAGCUAAGAUGAAGAAGUUGGCCCGGCGGCAGCAGCAACAGCAGCAAGAUCAGCAGAACACCCAGAGGCUGAGUUCCGCUCAGACAAAUGGUGGCGGGAAUGCUGGGAUGGAAGGGAUCAUGAACCCCUACACAGCUCUGCCCACCCCACAGCAGCUCCUGGCCAUCGAGCAGAGUGUCUACAGCUCAGAUCCCUUCCGACAGGGUCUCACCCCACCCCAGAUGCCUGGAGACCACAUGCACCCCUAUGGUGCCGAGCCCCUUUUCCAUGACCUGGAUAGUGACGACGCCUCCCUCAGUAACCUGGGUGACUGUUUCCUAGCAACCUCAGAAGCCGGACCCCUGCAGUCCAGAGUGGGAAACCCCAUUGAUCACCUGUACUCCAUGCAGAAUUCUUACUUCACCUCUUGA